CACCGGCAGGGACGUCCCUGGCUCCGGUGUUCACCUCAAAUUAGUUCGGAUCACAGGGAUUCAGGGAAUCCAACAACGGACCUAUGAUAAUGAAUAUGGAGGAUCAGAACCAGACUGGACAACCAUUGCUGGCUAAAUCAGGAAUUCCCUCUACAACACACGUACAAACUGAUUUAGAUGUAAACAACAGUAGUACUGCCCCCGAAUACACCACAAGUUUGGAAGAAAUAAGUGCCAUGGGAGGAAGUCAGCUGUCUUUAAAUUAUGCCUAUAGCCGGAAAUAUUCAACAACAUUAAAAUCACUGAAGCCAUUUAGACCUGCAAAGAAAGACGGUAAACUACCGGUAAAUAAUGUGGGAUUAUUUUCGUAUGUGACGGUAUCAUGGGUUUCCUCCCUUGUAAUGAAAAUAUACAAACACAGGGGCCAGGCACUAAAGGAGGAGGAUGUAUGGGAGUGUUCUGACUGGGAGACCAGUAGCGUCAACACUGAUAGACUAGAUAAACUGUGGAAAGAAGAGGUUACGAACCAUGGCCCAGAAAAGGCGUCGUUCUGGAGAACAUGGCUAAGGUUUAUAAGAGCACGUUUAUGUUUUUCAAUUUUUCAUCUUCUACUGAAUGCUGUCGUUACAUUCUUCAUGACAGGUUUUAUCACGGACAUGGUCAUCAGUUAUUUGGAAUCGGAGGAAUCCAGUGUCGAGGUUGCAUUCGCGCUCCUAGCAGGGAAUUUCUUUGGCCAGCUGCUUCGAGGGACAUCCUACACCUGUAUGACUGUGUUUGGAGCUCAUACAGGUGUAAGGUUUCGUGCUGGUGUAUUGGGAUUGGUAUAUAAGAAAUUUAUGAAACUUCAAAGUUUAUCAGGAAAAGUGUCAUCUCAGGUAAUUACUGUAUUUGGUGCAGAUGCCCUGAGGUUACAUAUGAAUACUAUGACACUACCACUGUUAUUGGCCCUUCCAGUAUACAUCACCAUUGCUACCAUCUACUCCUACUACCUUAUAGGACCCUGGUGUUUCAUUGCUAUUGGGAUCUUUUUGUUUUGUUAUCAAUUACAGUCACGAUUGAACUUGCUAAUUUCAAAGCUUAGACGAAAAACACUAGUUUUUACAGAUCAGCGGAUACGAAAAAUGAAGGAGGUGCUUUAUAGUAUGAAAAUGAUAAAAAUGUAUGGUUGGGAGGACUCAUUUCUUGCUGUCAUUAAACGAAUAAGAAAUAAUGAAGUACGUGUAUUGAUGCAAGGGGCUGUGAUCAAUUCCUUUGCCAACGCUAUUAAUCCUAUAACGCCGUCACUAUGUACCGUUGCCACCAUUGCUGCAUACAUGGCAUCUGGCAAUGAUAUAACUGCGUCCAAGGCAUUUGCAUUAGCUGCUACGAUGGAAUACCUCCGUUUGUUACUGUCCCAUGUGCCUUUCGCUACUAGAAUAUAUGGAGAAGCAAAAAUAUCUAUGGAACGAAUAAAGGAAUUUCUUUUAAGGAAAGAGUAUACACCCCCGAAUACGCAAGUGAGAGAUAAAAACAAUUCCAUUGAAAUUCAAGAUGGCUUCUUCCAAUGGGAAGAUUUAACAGAUAACUCUGAUCGAAACGAUAAAAAGAAAAAGAAACGAAAGAAAGAAGAGAAAGUUGCUUUGAAUUCAUCAUGUGCUGAAAAUACUACAACAUUUAACUUGGAGGAUAUACAGUUAAAUAUUAAGAAAGGACACGUGGUCGGCAUUUGUGGUUCUGUAGGCAGUGGGAAAUCUUCCCUGGUGUCUGCUAUUCUUGGUCGUAUGCCGAAAUUGACUGGUUAUCUUGGUGUGUCUGGGUCGGUAGCUUACGCCGCUCAACAAGCGUGGAUAUUUAAUGGAACUUUAAGGGAAAAUAUCCUAUUUGGAAACGCAUACAACAGUACAUGGUUUGAAACAGUUAUACAUGCCUGCGGGUUAGAACCUGAUCUCGCUUUGCUGCCAAAUCGGGAUAUGACAGAGAUUGGUGAAAGAGGAAUCAACAUCAGCGGAGGACAAAAGCAGAGACUGAGUCUAGCUCGUGCUGUUUACAGUAAAAGCGACAUCUAUCUUCUUGAUGACCCGCUGUCCGCCGUUGACGUCCACGUUGGCCGGCAUUUGUUCCAUGAAUGCAUCAAAAAAACAUUACGGGGAAAAACUGUUAUAUUGGUCACUCAUCAAUUACAGUAUAUGCGUCAUUGUGACGAGAUCCUGGUAAUUGAGGAGGGUAAAAUAGCCGAACGGGGCCAGCAUGAAGAUCUGAUAGCACAAAAUGGUUACUAUGGCUCCAUGAUGGGUCAAUUCCAUGCUACAACGUCCCACAACGCAGCAACAGGAGAUUCUUCGUCAAAAGACGGUCGAAACCAGUCAUUGAGUGAAUCAAAAGAGACUAAAGCACCAAACUCCGACGGAAAUAAAGGUACUCUUACGGAGAAGGAAGAAGCUCAUGUCGGCCGUGUGUCUGGUGAGACCUAUAAGUCUUAUAUAAGUGCUGGCGGGGGCUUUGUAUCUAUGACUGCUGUUUUGUUUCUUGUCAUCAUUUCAGUCGCUGCGCUUGUAUUUACUGACUGGUGGCUUGGCAUCUGGCUUCGGGACAACGAUGCUUAUGCUAAGUCUGUUGCGAAUUACACCACCGUUAACUUUACAGCAUCUCAAAACACAUCAACACCUUACUCGGUAACAAACAUCAUUCCAACAUAUGCAACACAAGGUAACAGCUCCACAUUGCCAGUACCACCAACAGACAGCGAUGCAAGACUACAGUUCUAUCUCUUCAUCUAUAUUGGGGCGAUGAUCGGGGUAUUGCUAUUUACCAUCUUUAAAGGACUUGCACAAUCUUUGAUGAUGAUGCGAGCAACUCGAGUGUUACACAACAGAGCUUUAGCGAAUGUUAUGAAGGCUCCAAUGGCGUUUUUUGAUGCAAAUCCAGCCGGAAGAAUUCUCAACCGAUUUACCCAGGAUUUAGAUGAAAGUGACGUCUUCAUUCCAUUCUUCAUCGAUUUGCUGCUUCGAUUGGUGGUUAUGACUAUCAUGGCUCUUGGAUCAGCCAUAGCUAAUUUACCAUAUUCCAGUAUCGCAAUAGUUGCAGUUGCUUUUGUAUUUAUUGUCUCCAAAAAAAUUUCGGCUGAGUCAACCAGGCAGAUGAAGCGAUUUGAAAACAUUGUGAAAUCUCCAUUAAUAAACCAUGUGACUGCAUCCGCGCAAGGUCUCUUUACAAUCGUUGCAUUUAAACAACAGAAGCAGUUCAUCAAAGAAUGUAUGAAAUUUACAGAUGUUACGACAACGGGACUGUUCUUGUUUGAAGGAAUCACAAGAUGGAUAGAACUGCGGCUGGAUUUCGUAUCCUCAAUAAUGAUAGUAGUUGUUAUGCUGACUUUAGUCUUGCUUAAGGGAACGAUACCCCCUGCCUUUGCUGCCCUGUCCUAUGUUCUUUGCGUCAGGGUGGUGUCUUCUAUGCAGUUUAUAGUCAGGUUGACAAAUGAAACAGAGUCCAGGUUUACCUCUAUUGAACGUAUACAUGAAUAUGAGUCGAAAAUAGAAGUAGAAGAUGACUCUGCCUCGGUGAACCCGGAUGCCAAUUGGCCACAGGACGGACAUCUUGUUUUCUCAAACGUCAUGAUGCGCUACCGGAAAGAUAUGGAUCCCAUUUUAAGAAACAUUAGUUUCGAUAUCAAACCGAAACAGAAGGUCGGCAUCGUAGGCAGGACAGGUGCUGGUAAGUCCUCACUUGCUGCAGCACUGUUCCGUCUCUGUGAUCUAUCAGAGGGCUGUAUAUCCAUAGAUGGAGUGGACAUCGCCCACAUUCCGCAUAAAAUUCUCCGAUCCCGUCUGUCAACGAUACCUCAAGAUCCUGUCCUCUUUACCGGUACACUCAGAUACAACUUGGAUCCAUUUGACCUGUAUACAGAUGAGGUGAUAUGGGCAGCAAUAGAACAAGCCCACAUGAAGGAAAAGAUCAAAUCGUAUUCCGAGGAACUGAAAUUGAAAGUGGAAGAGAACGGGGAAAACUUUUCUGUUGGAGAAAGGCAGUUGAUUUGUUUGGCGCGAGCUAUCCUGCGACAAAAUAAGAUUCUUGUUCUUGACGAAGCCACGGCAUCCAUCGACACGUCCACGGACGCUAUGAUCCAGGAGACUAUCCAGGACAGCUUCUCCGACUGUACGGUCUUGACAAUUGCCCACAGACUUAACACUGUUUUACAUUGUGACACCAUUUUAAUCCUGGAAGCUGGAGAAGUUGUAGAGACGGGGAAGCCACAAGAUUUAUUAUCGAAUCCAGAAUCCGUAUUCAACAAGAUGAUCAGAGCACAAACAGUGAAAACACCGUCACCCUAAAACAAAAUCAAUACGGCUAUCAUUGUUGUCCUGACAGAGAGAAGUAAACUUGAAACAAACGUCGUCAUCAUACUAUGCUACACAAUCACAACAGUUAGUUGUACUCUUAAACAGUAAUUCACAAGGUUGUUCAUCAGACAAUAUUUACAUAUGUAUUUUAAAACAUUAUCAUUGACCUAUCCAGGUCACGUGACACUGACCUCUGCAAAAAGUGUCACAAAUCAUACCAGAUGUUUACAGAACUUCAUUUCAAGAAAUUGGUGCUAAUAAUUUUGGAUAUUUUUGUUUUUGGCGAUUAAGAUACAAAUAUUAAAAGUAUCUCUUUCCUAUAUUUUUGCAUAUUUUGUAAAACUAUACAGCUAUAUUCUCGUUUGAUGCUCAUUACAUAAUACCUGUUUGAAUAUGUCAUGAUGCAUGGUCUGAAUAGAAUCACAUAUUGUAAAUGUUUUAGAAAGUGAGUGUUUGUCCUGGUGUGUAUAACCGCUUCUUGUUGAUUCAAGCCUAGGUUGUGGAAGAGAACACGUUUCAUUUUAAAGGCCUUAGUAUAUAUAUAUUCUAUUAUACAUUAACAAAUUUACAAAAUAAAAUUAAUGCUUUGAAAACCUGGAAAUACCCGGGUUCACUGUAUAUUACGAGACGAGUUAACAUGACAUUAGAUAAUGCAUUACUUGGAUUACCUCUGCAGUUAUUCUGUAAUAUAUGUAGAUUUUAAAUUUAUUGGUAUCUUAAACACAUAUUAUCUAAUUAUUCUACCAGUUGUACCAGUUGAGUCAAGUCAUCUCUAUGUAAAUAUUUCUUUUGUUCACAUUGUUUCCUCAUUCCAUCGAUUUUGUCUAGUAUUUGUAGUUUAAUUUUUACUCGUUGAGUCCUAUUGUUGUUAAUGGUGGAUAUCCAUGACAGAUUUGCUGUAUAUCAAUCAACCGUCACUUAAUAAUUCAUGACAUGUGUAAUGAACUUUCAGAUUUAUCAAGUCAACUUACUUUUUAAUUAUUAUAUGCUGUUAACUUUUAAAAAGCCCACUUAGUUCUUAUGUUUAAACUCGUUGGAUUCGCAUACUUAAGUGUGUGAUGAUGAUAUAGCCUUAUUUUGAGAAAUGUACCAUUACAGAAAAAAAUGUUAUCAGGUUAUCUAGUUACUUAUUUUUUAUUCUACCAGCGUGUUGAAAAUGCAAAGUUCUUUUAUAGAUAAAAAUGCAAUAAAGAUACGCUGAGUUCUUAAUGAGUUACACAAAGUCUGUACAUAUUGUUUGAUUAGAACAUGUUGUAGAUCUUGAUAUUUUAGUUGUUGUUGUUGCAAAUACAUGUAGGCCGUGUUUAGUAAAAUUGAAACUUUUUAAAGGUGCUUAGUGUUUAUUUUAAAGUACCUGUCUUCUAUUUUUUUAGGUGGAUAGUAUUAGUGAAAUGUAAUAAAGAGGAUGUGUGUCUUUUAUAUUUUUUCAUAAUUGGAAUAAAUAAAACCACAAAUU